AUGUGUGCUUGGAUGGCUUGCGUCCGAUAUGGAUUAUGGGGAACGGGGAUCGUGUUUGAGAAGGGAGAAGGUGUGGUGGUCAGGGCUUAUAUGCUCGGGCUGUUCUUGCGGCUGUGCAAGUGGUGGCCACCGACCGUUGAUCUGCCUCUGCUAUUGUGCGCGGCCCAAAACAACGCCCAAACCAUUCAUGCAAUCCAUAAGGAGAAGUAUAACACCAUGACUGUAGUUGACGAUCCUCGCUCAUGCCUUAUGAAUCACGUCAUAGCGCCACAUACUCUACGGCCUGCUGCCUCUGGAUCCUUCUACCAAGGUGCCCUAGCAAUCAGCCCGACCGUUCAAGCAUCUUUGUUCGUUCUCAUGCAUGAAGCGGGAAUGUGCUCCUGUGCCAACAUUCGUCUGAGUACUCAUUUGCCACGCGCCAGCUUAGAGGUGGCGAACGUCGCUUUCGAUACCUCCACAGGAAUACGGGAAGAUUAA